GCGCAUGCUCAGAGAGUCCGCAGAGUCUUUGUGUAGAAGGCUGUGGGGCUAGCGCUGUUUCGCUCGUGCUUACCAAACGUAUUCCCAGGUAAUCAUGGUGAAUGUAAAGAAGCGGAAAGGACGAGUCGUAAUUGACUCCGACUCGGAAGACAGCGCGAGUGAUGACAAUUUAGAUCAGGAAUUGCUGUCUUUGGCUAAGAGGAAGAGGGUGGACUCGGAAGAACAGGAAGAGCUAGCAAGCAAGCCAACAGCUUCUACUGAUUCCGAAACCUCUGACAGUGAUGAUGAGUGGACUGUGGGUGGUACCAAGGCCAAGAAGAAGGCGAAGACCGGGAAGGGAAGCGAGAAGAAGGGAGCCGUGAAAAAGCGCACAAACAAGGCAGCCUCGUCCGGCAGCUCGGAUGGAGACAGCUCGGCCGAGAGCUCGGCCCCCGAGGAAGGUGAGGUCUCUGAUUCAGAGAGCAACAGCUCGUCCUCCAGUUCAGAUUCAGACUCCUCUUCUGAGGAUGACGUGUUCCGGGAUGGGUACGACGACGACCUGAUGGGGGACGAAGAGGACCGAGCAAGGCUGGAGCAGAUGACUGAGAAGGAAAGAGAGCAGGAGCUCUUUAACCGAAUUGAGAAGAGGGAGGUGCUGAAGAGGAGGUUUGAGAUAAAGAAGAAACUGAAGACUGCCAAAAAAAAGGAAAAGGAGGAGAAGAAAAAGAAGCAGGAGGAGGAGCAGGAGAAAAGGAAGCAGUCGCAGGUCCAGGACACUCAGGUGGUCAUGUCUCACAAUAAGGAGAGGCGGUCUAAAAGAGAUGAGAAGCUGGACAAGAAGUCUCAAGCGAUGGAGGAGCUGAAAGCAGAGCGAGAGAAAAAGAAAAACAGAACAGCUGAACUCCUGGCCAAGCGUCAGCCUCUGAAAACCAGUGAGGUCUACUCUGAUGAUGAGGAGGAGGAGGAGGAGGACGACGAUAAAUCCUCUGUGAAAAGUGACCGCAGCACUCGAUCCUCAUCUUACGAUGAAGAGGAAGAGAAGGAAGAGACCCCACCGAAGUCGCAGCCUGUGUCGCUGCCCGAUGAGCUGAACCGAAUCCGCUUGUCCCGGCACAAGCUGGAACGGUGGUGCCACAUGCCCUUCUUCGCAAAGACUGUGACCGGGUGCUUCGUCAGGAUCGGAAUCGGCAACAGCAGCAGCAAACCGGUCUACAGAGUUGCUGAAAUUGUUGAUGUUGUUGAAACAGCAAAAGUUUAUCAGCUGGGCUCAACUAGAACAAACAAAGGUUUACAGUUACGGCACGGGAAUGACACGCGGGUUUUCCGGCUAGAGUUCGUCUCUAACCAGGAGUUCACGGACAAUGAGUUCAUGAAGUGGAAGGAGGCGAUGAUACUUGCAGGAAUGCAAGUUCCGACUUUAGACGAAAUCACCAAAAAGGAGCAAGCAAUUAAAGAAGCGGUCAACUACAAAUUCAAUGACAAAGACAUAGAAGAUAUUGUGAAGGAGAAGGACCGGUUCCGAAAAGCUCCACCUAACUACGCCAUGAAGAAAACUCAGCUUCUUAAAGAAAAGGCCAUGGCAGAGGAAAGUGGAGAUGGGGAGCGGGUCAAACAGAUUCAGGACCAGCUUAAUGAGCUUGAGGAACGGGCUGAGGCGCUGGACCGGCAGAGGACGAAAAACAUUUCUGCCAUCAGCUACAUCAAUCAGAGGAAUCGAAGUUGGAACAUCGUGGAGUCUGAGAAGGCCCUAGUGGCAGAAGGGCAGAACUCCAAGAACCAGCAAAUGGAUCCAUUUACCCGACGACAGUGCAAGCCAACCAUGGUGUCCAAUGCCAGAGACCCUUCAGUCCAUGCUGCUAUCCUUGCUCACCUGAAUCAGAAAUAUGGUUCCGGUUCAGGGCAAGACAAUACUGUGGAGAAGAAUAUACAGGGACAGCCAGGCCAGAAAGACAAAGACAUCGCCAAGACGACCAGUGACCUGUCGGAGGAUCUCUUCAAAGUACACGACUUUGAUGUCAAAAUUGACCUUCAGGUUCCCAAUGCAGAAGCCAAGUCUCUGUCUGUGAGCUCCAACGCCCUGCCUGUAAAGGACGGUGCCCCUCGCCGAUCACUCAACCUGGAGGAUUACAAGAAGAGGAGAGGCCUUAUUUGAGCGUCUUCGCCUCCUAAGUUCUCCUUGCAUGUGUCAGUUAAUAGUGGGGAACCUGAAGCUUUGGCUCUCCCCGUGUGUGUGUGUGUGUGUGUGUGCGUGUGUGUGCGUGUGUGUGUGUGUGUGUGUGUGUGUGUGUGUGUGUGUGUGUGUGUGUGAGACAGACAGACAGAGAAUGAAUGUGUGUGUGUGUGUGUGUGUGUGUCAGACAGACAGACAGACAGAGAGAGAAUGAAUGUGUGUGUGUGUGUGUGUGUGUGUGUCAGACAGACAGAGAGAGAAUGAAUGUGUGUGUGUGUGUGUGUGUGUGUGUGUGCAUGCAUGUUUCAAUCCCAAAAUCCACAGGAAGGAGCUAUACAUUUUCUUUUUCUUGUAAAGGAUUCCUUUUGAGGCAAAUUGUCUAGUCAUUAUUUUCUUUAUGUGCAGAGUUAUACUUUUUUUUGUUAUUCGUUUUUGUCAUAUGAGAAUAUACAUAUAUAUUUCCCCCUUUGGCUCCUCCCAGUUUUACGGUUGGCUUUUCGUUUUUCUGAAAAGGACAUUACUCUGGUGGACUGAUUUGUAAAAAGAACUUCUUUUUUUUUUUUAAAAAAUAAUAAAAAAUCUGGAUGGCUUGGAGUAUUUAAACUUUGCAGACCUUACUAGCAUGGACAUUGAACAAAAUUUGUAUGUACCAUCCAGUUUUUGAUUUUUAUUUAUUUUCUUUUUUUUCCUCCUUAUUUUUUGCACCACCUUCCAUUAUGUAACUAGGCAGCCCUGCUCUUGUCAAAAAACCGUCCGACAUGUAUACAUAUUUCGUUUGGGACAUGCUGGUGGGGGAAAAAAAAGUUAGGCUUUUCAAUGGAACAAGACAAGAGACAAGGAAUAUGACGUAACACAAAACAACUUGAAAAAUAAUUUCAUUAUCUGGGAAUUUUUAUUUUUCAUGAGGUGGUUUCGGAAUGUAUAACGGGGUUUCUUUCGUCUCCAGAUUCCAGGCCCUAAUUUGUUUUUCUUACCUUAUUGUUUAUGUGAGAAGAGGCUGUGUGUUAAUGAAUGUGUACUUAGUAAAUUCUUGUAUUGAUGUGGCAUGCCAUGUAAAUAUGCAAUUUGGAGUGGGUGCUACACAAUAAAGAGUCACUGUUUCAUAUA